AGCAAAUUUAAUUAUUCUGAAAUUCAUCUUUCAUUCUGGCCGAUCACAAUAUAACAGAAAAUGGCUACGAACGACAAAAGUGAAUCAAAUUCUCGAAAUUUACAACUUAACGUUAAAGUACGUAUUUUUGGACCAAAUGAAAAUCCAGACAGUUCAUCUUUAUUCUCAGAAAAUACAACUCCGAGCUCACAGUCCUAUUAUGCAGAUAUUAGCUCAGAAUCUCCAUUCAGUGAAAGAUCAUCUAAUUAUGCAGAUAUUAGCUCAGAAUCUCCAUUCAGUGAAAGAUCAUCUAAUUACGGUGACAAUUCACCAUUAAUAUCGGAGGAUGUUUUAACAGAGUCAUUAUUUGGGAGUGGUAAUGCAGAAAAAAAAAUUAAAUAUUUGACUGUACCUGAUCCAUCAAACGAUCAGAAUGUGCUGGACGCUGAGAAAAAAUUCUUAGCAACUAUCGAAGAAGAUGAUGAAGAGCAACUUCUAGAGUUUGAUCAACAAGCUGACUCAUCUGAUAGCUCAAGCUUACAUUUUGCUGAUUCAAGUGCAGAAAGUGAUAAUGAGAUCAAGACUAUAGAGGAUAACAAGGAACAGGAAAAUGGUGAUGGUGUACUUGGUCAGACCCAGGAUGAAAAUUAAGACAAAUUAUUAAGUAGAAAAAAUACGUAUAAAUAUAUGUUUUGAAAUAUGUUCUGAAUAGCUAAUGAUAUAGUCAUUUUAUUGACUUACGUGUUCACAUAAUUCCUGAUGCUCGAAUUGCACCCUAAUUAAAUGUCGGUUUUUUGUCAUUCAUAAAUUUCAUUUUUCUUUGCUCGUGGAUUUUUUUUUAUUCUAGUCAAAUCUCAAAGUUUUUCCUUGUACACAGUAAAAAAUAUUGUGUAAAAUCAACAUAGUUUGUGUGUUAAAAACGGUUGACACGAAAUUUGUGUUGAAAUUUCGACACAAACUUUGUGUAACCCCUUUUUAACGGAAAGAUUAUGUUAAAAUAUCGC